AUGAAGCGUAUUGGGUUCAUCUGUCUCCUGCUGUGUGUAAGUGUACACAUAGCCAACAGUGUAAAAAAAUCCUGUCGAGAGAAAAACAUCUGCGUCCUUAAAUGUGGCAAAGAGACGAAUGGCAACGUGACCUGGAGCAGAGAUGUAGAUGGAAAAAGGGAGAAGAUUCUUACCAUCUACAAGGAAACGGUUAUCAAACACAUCACUGAUCCAGACAGACGUUACAGCUCAGGAGCAGGUCUGAUUCUGAGUAUAUUUAAAUUCUCACCUUCAGACGCUGGGCGAUAUUACUGCAAUGAGAACACUGUGGAGCUCAGUGUGAUAUCAAACUCUGAAAUAAUCUCUCAAGAGCGGACUAGGACUGGUGAGUUGUUGCUCGCAGCUGCAGUAGCCGGGGGCUGUGUGCUCGCUUUAGCAUCGGUUCUGGUUAUGUGGAAAUGUUUCUCCAAAAGGAAAGGUAGCGCAGCCAAGACAGAGGAAGAUUCAGCUGAAAAAGCAGGUUCUUUGGAUACGAUACACACCUAUGAGUCUAUUUAUGAGACUCCAUCAGCUCCACAACCAGGUAACCAGCAGAUCCCAAAAGAUGGCAUUUACUAUCUGGCUUCACAUUCAGGAAUCCAGAUCACACGUUAACAUACACAAAAUGUCCUUUUUUUAUUUUCAAUUUCAUUGGUUUACUUUUUUGUUUGGGUUGAUAGACAGACAGACAGACAGACAGACAGAUAGAGAGAUAGAUAGGUUGGAACUUUAUUGAUCCUGAUGGAAAUUUCAGUGUUACAGUGGUAAAAGUGGUAAAAGACAAAGAUUCACAGAUAACCAUAAAUACAAUAAAAUAGCACAGUGCAAAAAAUAAAAUAAAAUAAAAUAAAAAUCCAGGUGAGGGAGGGAGGGAUUUGUCUCUAUACAAAAGAUAAGUAUAAACAAACAAGGCACUUAGAUAUUGUUCAUGUGUGAAAGAAAGUGGGGAGGUGCCAGUUAAAAGGUGCCAUGAGGUAGUUCUACUACUACUGUUACUGCUAAUAAUAAUAAUAAUAAUAAUAGCAACAGCAGCAACACAGGCUCAGCUGCUAGUGCUAACAUUAUAAAUAGUAAUGGACUCCUAUAACAAAGCUGGCCUUCCUAAUCAGUUUGUUAAGGUUCUUUGUGGCCUUCGCACCAAUACCAUUUCCCCAGCACACAACAGCAUACAACAAAAUAGAAAAGUGGAGGAACUCACUUCCUCCAUAUGCUCUCUAUCAAUGGUGACGGGUGAUAGGUGGAGCCUGGACCUCCUGAAGUCCACCACCAUCUCUUUUUUUCUUGCCAAUGUUUGGCUGCAGUUUGCACCACUCAGCAAAGUUCUCCAGCAAGGCCCUGUACACAUCCUCCUGCCCACCUCUGAUGCAUGAACUUCUGCACUUGACAUGACUCUGUGUUAUACCUAAGAUCUGAGGUGUACAGACUGAACAGGAAGGGAGCCAGUACAGUCCCUUGAGAAGCCCCAGUACUGCACAUAGCCGUAUCUGACUCACCAGUUAGGUAGUCCAUUAUCCAUGAGAUGAUGGAUUCAUCCACCUGCAUCACCCAUAGUUUCCUCCCCAACAGUUCAAGCUGUAUGGGGCAGUCGUGGCCUAAUGGUUAGAGAGUUGGACUUGUAACCCAACGGUUGUGGAAUCGAGUCUCAGGUCCGGCAAGGAUCGUAGGUGGGGGGAGUGCAUGACCAGCGCUCUCUUCCACCCUCAAUACCACGACUGAGGUGAGACACUUGAGCAAGGCACCGAACCCCCAACUGCUCCCCGGGCGCCGCAGCAAAAAAAGGCUGCCCACUGCUCCGGGUGUGUGUUCACUACUAUGGGUCACCAUACUCAGCUCUGACCAGUGGUUGAAGCUGAGCUAAUAUCAGUCUUUCCAGGGUCUUCAUUAUAUGUGAUGUUAAGGCCACUGGUUGAAAGUUGUUUAGGACAUUUGUUUGCCUGUUCUUGGGCAUUGGGACCACACAUCAAGUUUUCGAUUUGACAGGAACUGUUUCCUGUUGACUAAUUAUGGCCAAAUCUAUUAAAGAAUAGUUUGAAAUAUCUGAACUGUGUUGCACAUUAUUCUUUUCCUAUAUUUCAUAUGAGUAUAAAAAUGUAUUCGAUUUCUGUUUCAGUAGUCAGUUUCAUAAUGUCUACACUC